GCCAUGAGUUGUGCGGAGGUGAUGUAUCACCCUCAGCCAUAUGGAGCAACCCAGUAUUUGCCCAACUCGGUGGCAGCAGCAUCCUGCCCCACAGCUUUUUACCAUACCGCUCCCCAGUCCAGCCAGCAGAAGAAGUUAGCGGUAUACAGCAAGAUGCAGGAGUCUCUGGAAAUGCCUUCCCAGCAACAAGAGGAGGAGGAGGAUGAGGAGGAUGAGGAGGAGGAGGAGGAGGAGGAGAAAGACCAGCCUGCCGAGAUGGAGUACCUUAACUCUCGAUGUGCUUUCACUUAUUUCCAGGGAGACAUUGGUUCAGUAGUGGAUGAACACUUCUCAAGAGCUUUGGGCCAAGCCAGCAGCUUCCAUACAGAAUCUGCCAUUUCAAAAAACAAGAUGGGGCUAACCCCUCUAUGGAGAGACAGCUCAACUCUUGCAAGCCAGAGGAGUAGUUUCCCAACUUCGUUUUGGACCAGCUCUUACCAGCCCCCAUCUCGGCCCUGUUUAAGUGGAGUUCACCCUGACUUCUCAGUCACUGCACCAGGCACCUUUGCAGCAGCUGAUCCUGGUCCCUGGCCGGGACACAAUUUUCAUCAGACUGGCCCUCCCCCACCCCCUCCCGUAUCAGAGUCCUGGCACUAUCCACUGACAUCUCAGGUGAGCCCAUCGUACACACACAUGCAUGAUGUGUACAUGCAUCACCAUCAUCCCCAUCCACACAUGCACCACCGCCACCAUCACCACCCUUCUGCCAGCUCCCAUUUGGAUCCUCGAUAUGGCUCUUUGCUGAUGCCUUCAGUUCAUACAGCCAGGAUUCCUCCUCCCCAGUGUGACAUCACAAAGACAGAUUCUACUACUGUCACCACUGCUACCUCAGCAUGGGCUGGAGCCUUUCAUGGAACAGUGGACAUUGUGCCAAGUUUUGGGUUUGAUUCAGUAAAAUGGCUUGAUGAUAAUGAUGAUGAUGAUGAUGAUGAUGAUGAUCCCAUUACUAUGCCUUUUUGA